CAGAAAGCCUCUCUCCGCCCUCCCGACUGGUCAGGUUUGCUCUUGAGAGCUCAAUGCCCUUACCAUGAUACUCCCUCAUAGUCAGCUCUUACUUCUGAGCUUAGCAGCCGGCUCUACUGUGCUAGCUGCGAGCAAUGAUGGCGCGGCUCGACCCCGGGGUGUUGGCCCUGAAUUUGCCAAGUUCUAUAAGGACACGACCACUUUCAGUUGUAUCUCUAACCCGGCAAUCAAGAUUCCAUUCUCGGCAGUGAACGACGACUUUUGCGACUGCCCCGAUGGCAGUGAUGAGCCUGGAACAUCCGCAUGCUCUUACAUUUCCAGUCAGUCUGCCCUGACGGUUGCUGAGCGACCCGGCCACGAUGAGAUAGAGCUCAAGGCCUCCCUCCCCGGGUUCUACUGCAAGAACAAAGGCCACAAGCCUGCAUAUAUUCCAUUUCAGCGCGUCAACGAUGGCGUGUGUGAUUACAGUAUCUGCUGCGAUGGAAGCGAUGAAUGGGCUCAUGUUGGAGGUACAAAGUGUGAGGAUCGAUGCAAGGAGAUCGGAAAAGCAUGGCGGAAGCAGGACGAGCAACGCCAGAAAUCCUUGACAGCCGCCUUGAGAAAGAAGAAAGAGCUUCUUGUGGACGCAGGUCGCCAACAGAAGGAGGUCGAGGAUCACAUUGAGAGACUGGAGAUGGAGCUCAAGGGUGAGGAGCUCAAAGUCAGCCAGCUCGAACAGGAUCUCGAAGAGAUCCAAAAACAGGAAAGCAGGAAGGUUGUCAAGAGCAAGAAGAAAGGCAAAGUCAAUGUCCUUGCUCAGUUGGCCAAAGAAAGGGUCGAGGAGCUACGCAACGCACUCAUCGACGUACGCAAGGAAAGGGAUGAGACUCGCUCGCGAGUCAAGGAACUGGAAGAGAUUCUCGCCAAGUUUAAGGUCGAAUAUAACCCCAACUUCAACGACGAGGGCGUCAAGCGCGCUGUGCGUAGCUGGGAAGAAUAUGCCGCUCGGGAGGACACUGAGAACCAGGACGGCAAUGCCGCCUUUGACAGAGAUCUCGACGAGAUCUCCAAGGCAGACAGUGGGGCCACUGGUAUUGACUGGGACAAAUGGGAGAAUGAAGAGGGCGGCCACGAGUCAGAUAUCAUCUACCAGCUUGCCGCGUACCUUCCUCCUUCCAUAGUUGCCUUCCUUGAGGACAAGUUCAUAUCUGCCAAAACCUUCCUAGAGAAAAACGGCAUCUUAGCAGAGGCCGAGGGUGAGGCAUCGUCUGAGCCAAAAGCCGUGGCUGAAGCGCGUGAUCGUCUCAAAGCAGCCCAGGGCGAUCUGAAGAAGAUCCAGAAAACCCUUGAUGAGCACAGGUCCGACCUAGAGACUGACUAUGGCACUGCUUCUAUCUUCCGUGCUCUCAAGGAUGUGUGCAUCAGCAAGGACUCUGGGGAGUACGAAUAUGAGCAUUGCUUCCUGGACAAGACGCGACAAAAGCCCAAGAAAGGCGGCUCCACUGCUCUUAUGGGCAAAUUCGUCCGCAUCAGUACCGUGUCUGCGGACGAGCUCAACGAGGCGGGCGAGCUUGUUCAAGUGGAGAAAUUGGCCCUUGAGUACGCCAACGGCCAAUCCUGCUGGAACGGCCCAGCCCGGUCGACAACUGUUAUCCUGGAAUGUGGGGAGGAGAACGAGAUCUUGAAGGUGAUGGAAGAUGAGAAGUGUGUGUACUCGAUGCUUGCCACCAGUCCUGCAGCCUGUGUUGGCGGCGAAGCCGAGGGCAAUGUUGCCCCCAGACAAAAAGAUGAGCUGUAAUUGUUAAAUGUUGGCUUUAUCUUUUUGAACGAUUAUAUACAUUGGGACAUUUCUUUUUCAUCUUUCCUGCUGCUGGUUUAUAGGUCGCUUCGUACCAUUGAUCUAUCUAGACGGUUGAAGACAAGAAAUCUAUAGAUUGAAUCUCUUACGGUUUAGUAGCAUAGCACUACAGUGUGUUCUUGGCAUGCUCAUCGAUCUAGGUUUUCUUGUAUCUAAACUAGGUAAGAUCUCUCUACUUCAAUGACUACAUGUCUAAGUACAACACCUAGGCUGCUACCGAGCUUACAACGAAGGAGUUCAAGGUUGGUGUAUCAACGCAUUCAUAUUCUCUCUUACACUAUCCAAAAGAUGCCAACCGGAGAUCGACCCAGAAACACAGGACAGUGGUUGA